UCCUGUCUGCCAACUCUAACCAACCCUGCUGUAACUGACACACUAUCCCACUGUCAGGCAACACACACACACAAACAAAAAAAAAGGAAAAAAAAGAGACAUCAACUGUGAAACAAACAACUGUGGCAUUACCAAAGUGGGUGUUUUUUCCUGGUUGGAAGUUAAGUGGCACACAACAACAAACAAGCUCAAAAGUAAAAAUUCCUGAAGGUGCAGAAAUACACUGGAUAGCUGACCUCAGAAGAAAUGUUCCACACUCCUAUUGUGCCUCGUGUGAGGAAAAGGCCAAGACCAGCAGAAGCUGCGAUUCCUAGGCGUGAAGAAGUGAAGUUUGAGGGUGUCAGACUGUACCUGGUGGAGAGGAAAAUGGGCCGCAGCAGGAGAAGCUUUCUGACCCAGCUGGCCAGGUCAAAGGGCUUUACUGUGGAAGACGUCCUCAGCGAUGAGGUCACUCAUGUGGUGUCAGAGGACAGCCAGACUUCAUCCCUGUGGAAGUGGCUCAAUGAAUGUGCACUGAAGAAUCUACCCAACAUGCAUGUGUUGAACAUCAGCUGGUUCACUGACAGCAUGAAGGAGGGAAGACCUGUUGCUGUGGAGACCAAAUACCUCAUUGAGGACACAUUGCCCACAUUGCCAGAAGGUUCUACACCCACUGCUGUGGUCACCGUUUCUCAAUAUGCCUGCCAGAGACGAACUACCACAGAAAACAAAAACAACAUUUUCACAGAUGCUUUUGAAGUGCUGGCGGAAAACUAUGAAUUCAAUGAGAUGGACGGUCCUUGCUUGGCAUUCAGGAGAGCUGCAUCUGUCCUGAAGAGUCUGCCCUGGGCGGUGCAGUGCCUGGAGACCACUCACGACCUGCCCUGCCUGGGGGAACAUGCUGAAACAGUCAUAGACGAGAUCCUUCAAUGUGGCCGUUCGUUUGAUGUCGAAAAAAUACUGUCUGAUGAAAGGUAUCAAACACUAAAGCUGUUCACAAGUGUGUUUGGGGUUGGACCUAAGACGGCUGAGAAGUGGUACCGCAGAGGGUUGCGCUCCUUCAGCGACAUUCUGGCAGACCGAAGCAUUCAUCUAAACCGGAUGCAACAAAAUGGUUUUCUGCAUUAUGGAGACAUCUCCAGGGCUGUCAGUAAAGCAGAGGCCCAAGCCCUGAUGAACAUUAUUGACGAAGCUGUCCACGCGAUCACAUCGGACGCUGUUCUAGCACUGACAGGUGGCUUUCGCAGGGGGAAAGAAUUUGGUCAUGACGUAGACUUUAUUGUGACCACACCUGAGCUGGGGAAAGAGGAGAUUCUGCUACCCAACAUUAUGAACAGAUUGACAAAGCAAGGCAUUCUGCUGUAUUCUGACUACCAGGCCUCCACCUUUGAUAUGUCAAAGCUUCCCAGUCACAGGUUUGAGGCCAUGGACCACUUUGCAAAGUGCUUCCUGAUUCUGCGAUUGGAGGUCAGCCAAGUGGAGGGGGGACUCAACUGUGUCGAAGGGGACAGCAGGGGCUGGAGGGCAGUGCGCGUGGACUUGGUGGCGCCACCUAUGGAUCGUUUCGCCUUUGCUCUACUGGGCUGGUCCGGCUCCAGGCAGUUUGAAAGAGACUUGAGGAGGUUCGCUCGAGUGGAGCGGCACAUGCUUUUGGACAACCACGCCCUCUACGACAAAACCAAGAAAGAGUUCCUGGCAGCUACGACUGAAAAGGACAUCUUUGCCCAUCUGGGUCUCGAGUACAUCGAGCCUUGGCAGAGAAAUGCGUAGGCCUCCACUCCUCCUUGGCUGGAUGAUAUCCUGUGCGUACAUCAGUGUUUAUCCCAUCUGCUUGCCAUUCUGCAGCUCUGCUGUGAUUCACUUUCGAACAGCUUUUGAUUUCCAUACAGUUUUGUGUCAUUGCUGUUAUUGUUGUUGUCUGCAUUACAUGCUGGUGCAUCAUUCAUAAUUCUGCUUUUUGUCUCUUAGUGAGUAAACACUCUCCUAUACCAUUCAUUGCUUGUCUGUCUCUUAAGUGUUGUAGUCAUGGGCGGGACACAAAGACAAAUCAGUCAGAGUAUGAAUUGCCUGGGGUGCCUCUGAGGUGCAGAAGAGAGGGAGUCUGAAAGAAACACAGAUAGAAGCAAAAGAAGGAAGGGGGUGACCACAGAGAGACUGUGAGGGAGAUGACAGGAAACCAUGAGAAAGGCAAGGGGGAAGGGAGCUUUUGUCGAGCAAAAUGUUGUAAUCACCCUCCUCCUGGCAGGAAAGUGCUCGGCGUGAAGCUGAGCCAGGUCUCUGGAGAAUUGAGAGGCGGGUAAUGAGCUUCAGAUAGAGGAGUUUGGCAUCGUCAUUUAGCCUCCAUUUAAGCCUACGUCCACUGGAGAUCAUUUAGCUGGCACGCUGUUAUCCAAAGACCCACAGUCUGCACUUGGUCCACAAUGAAUCCCCUUCCCCAGAUGCUUGACUGAAAUUAGAGGCAAUCAGCUGCAGCGGGACAUCAUGAAAGAAUCAGGCGGAAGGUAAACGAGUCCACUAACCACACGGAUGGAUCUUGGCAUUCAAAGCAACUCAUAAAACAUCCAUUAUCUUCCUGGUUUGACUUUGGCUUAUGUUUUAUGUAUGAUGGUUGCUCAUCAAGUUUUGUAUCCUCAUUUUUCAAAUGUAUGGUACCUCUGUAGGACAAUGAUCCACCAAGGAAGGAACUGUAUUGAUCUCUGUGGAUACUUUGGGUAAGUCUGACUUGUAUACCAGUGGUGACAUGACUUGCCCUGCACCCCAGCCCACUUUCCCAUGAUGCUCAGGCCCCAGCUCAUCCCAUGGUGCCUCAAUGAGAGCAGAGACAGAUGAGAGCAAGGCAUUCUAGUGAAUCACCCUAUUUAAAGAUCUUUAAGUAGAACAGUCCUGCGCUUUGAGGCCUCGACCCGGACCUCCUCCCACCAGUCUUUCUUCUCCCUUCCUCUUGGUCUCUGUCUUACUUUCUCUCCUGCUGUGUUGCUUUCUCAACCUCAUUGACACAAAACAAACUUUGAAGGUUCGGAGCUCCAGAUGGCGCAAACUGCAGCACCCUGGUCUACUGGGUCAUCCAGUGUUUUCACUCUAAAGCGAGAAUGAAUUCUUACCAAAAAAAUUAGGAGAUCUCUCUAGAGCAGAAAAAAAUAUCAAGCUGACCUCAAUAAAUUUACAUUUGUCCUGCUCUGUUUUUCCAAAUAGUUUUUCCAGUGCAAAUGGGAUCUCUUACUACUUUCACAUUAAAUAUUGACUAAUGUGAAAGGAUUAAAAAGCUGUAGCCCUCAGUUUAAGAAUUCACACAUUGUGUUUUGGUUUAGAGACUCCUAAACUGGUUUUAAAGCUGAAAAGCGAAGAAUUAAGCGUUGCAUGGUAAAACUUUCUGCUCCAAAGUCCUCUAUUUAUUCAAGGCAAUAUAUUUGCAUUGUGUCACACACUAUUAAGUGAGACCAUCUUUUCUCUUAGUUGCUUGGUCAAACAAUUGUAGGAGAUAAUUUUAAAUGUCUUGACCUGAUGAUCAGUUCUCAAGAUGUGGAAGGACCGAGAAGUACCAGUACAACAAUAUAAAAUACUCACUGCACUAGUAAAUAGUAGUCUGGCAUUGAAACUG